GUGGUUUUUCAUCCUUUGACAUGAAUUCAUUUAUUUUCCAAAGUUCCGGAAGAAAAAGUUUCCUUUAGAAAAAAAAAAUCUGUGAUGUCGCGAAAUGAUUUUUUUUUCGAGAUUUAUGGCUUUGUGAAAAUCUGUGCGAUUUAUAUAUUCUCUCUCUGUACAAAUAUACAGCAUAAACUCCUCUAUAGAGGAACAUUUUCUAUCUAAUCUAAUCACAGCGCGUUGUACGAGAUUCUCGGUGUGUAUAUGUACAGGAAAAUGUAAUUUAAAGUGAAGCCAAGUGGAUUUCUGCAGCAGUUAGUUGAUGGUGUUGGCCGAGUUAGUUCUUAACCGCAGGACAGCCUGGAAGCAGCCUGCAACGUCCGCGACGUCUUUGAAAAUUCAAUUUUAUAACUAAGAGAUUCUCUAAUAAUUUGUGUUACCAUCAAGUGGAAGAUUGCAAUGGAAUUUUAUUAAUAAUUCCCUUCAGAGUUGAGACAAUAUCGAAGGAGGAAGCACGAACUGUAUUUCACGCGAUAGUUUCAGUACCCAACUGAGGAUUGAAGUGCGAGGAAAAGGUGGAAAAACUUCUGCAUCCCUCUCUUUCGCAAUAUAAUAGGAUAAUCUCAAAUAAUCCGGGACAAAUUCACGCGAGGAAAAUCGAUUGAAAUCUUUUAGCUGUAAAAUGUCCAACACACCUGAGGUCAGGGACUUGGAGGGUCUCCUGAGCACCAAGUUGAAUGGAAGGAAGGUCAUAGAAUGCACAACGAGGCAUCUCACAGCUGUUGGUGACAACUAUGGGAGUACAAUGCUUGCAUUGGAUGUUAAGCUUUCCCCGGUGGAUGGUGAGGAAGAAUUCCUCCAGCUCGUGGCAAAAAUGUGCCCAACAAACCAAAUGCUCCUCGAAAUCUUUCAAGUGAACAUCACAUUCACGAAAGAAAUGGCCAUUUAUAUGGUGUCUGUGCCAGAAUUUUUGCGUCUGCAGGCGGAUGAGGGGUGUCCUGAUGAUGAGAAAUUGGACGUUUUUAUUGAAUGCUAUGGGUCGAGGACCUCUCUAUCCUCCACAGAGGCGUCUGUUGAUGCCGAUGCUGUUAUCUUGUUGGAAAAUAUAAAGAUCAAAGGGUACACAGUGGGGGAUCGUGCCAAGGGAUUUGACCUAGAGCACACAGAACUCAUUCUGCGGAAUGUGGCCAAAUUCCAUGCAGCUCCAAUUGCCCUGAGGCACAAGGAUGCGCAACUCUUUGACCAGAAGGUACGGGCGCAUCUUAAGAAAAUUGACAUUGAUGAGGGACUAACGAGUGAAGCAGCGGCUGAAAUGAAAAAGGCAUUUGAGAAUGAGCUGAAAUCCAUCCCAGAAGUCCUUUCGCUGUACGACAUCAUCGCACGGCAGCUGGAGAUGUGUCAGGAGCGACAGAGAGAUUUGAAUUUCUACGAGGAGAACAUCUUCAACACCAUCUGCCACAAUGAUCUCUGGGUGAAUAACGUUAUGAUUGCCUACGAUGCUGCCGGGAAGCCCUCAAGGGUGAAGAUCUUUGACUUUCAGCUAAUAAUGUACGCAUCAAUGUCCCUGGAUGUCCUGUUCUUUCUCUUCACAAGCGUACAAAAUGAUAUUUUGCUAGAAAACUUCGAUAACUUCCUCAAAUUCUACUUUGAUGAAUUCUGCAAGAGUUUAAAGUUCUUUGGGUGUCCUCUGGAUGAUUUUACGUGGGAAAAAUUCAAUGAAGAUAUUAACAAACAAGCCCCAUAUGAGCUCUACCACAUUACAUCAAUGAUAAAAAUCCUUCUGAUUGAUAAGCAAAAAAUGGCAGAGAAGGAAGAAAUCACAGAUGAUACAUUCUACGAUGCCGAAAUGGUGGGACCAAAUUACUAUGAGAAGCUGAAACUCAUCAUCUUGGAGUACAAGAAGCGCAACUGGUUGAUUGAGUGAUGAAACCAAAGAAGAAAAAGGGAAAUAAACCCCUUUCGCAGAGAAUGGGGGGUGUUUGUGUGUGGAAAAGCGAGAGUUAUAAUAAUAAUUUUCGCAACGGGGCAAUACACGCCAUGCCAUGCUAUGUAGAGAGCUACGGAAUCAGGCUGGGGGGAAGGGCGGGGGCUUAAUUUAAAAGCGAGAGAUGGUGGCAAUAAUUAAUUUAUCGUACAAUAAACUCUGUGUGUAUGAAGAGCAUUUAUCAAUUAAUGACUUUCUCCCCUUCAAAGUGAUGACACAGAAUAUUGCAAUGUUUUAGUCAAUUAAAACUUAUAUUAUUUGCAAUUUUGCGACAAAGUGCUUAAUCCCGCCAAUGUCUUCGCAUCAUUCCACAAAUUUUUUUACAUAAUGUUUUUAUAAUUAUAUUUUUAUGUUUUCAUGCAAAAUCGAUUAUUAUUUGUCAUGCAAAAUAAGGGGAAUAAAAUGAACA